AAGACUGAACCAGAGUACAGUAUUACAUACAUUGCUGCGGAUCAUAAGGCAAAAUAAAUUACAAUCAAAAUCCAAAAUCCGAACAAUGGAUCCCAGUCAGUUUUCCAGUCAGCCUCCAGAAGCCUACAAAUCAUCUGGGAAAUCAGGGAUGCCAGCAGCGCCACCACCAGCAUAUCAGCACAAUCCUGCUGGAUAUCCUCCUUCCUUUCUGAACCAGCCGGUCCCCCAGGGCCCGUACACCCAGGGGCCAUAUCCAGGACAGCCUGCGGUCACUGUGCAGCCUGCUGUUUUUGUGACCGCCGCUCCACUGGCCAAUCCAGUGCCAGAUUACCUGGCCUAUUCCAUCUUCACCAUGCUGUGCUGCUGCUUACCUCUGGGCAUUGCUGCACUGAUUUACUCCAUCUUUACUCGAGAUGCCAACAACUCAGGACAGCGAGAAUUAGCAGAGAAGAACUCCAAAACUGCACGCACCCUGAAUCAUGUCGCCCUUGGUAUUGGCCUCGUUGUCAUUGUAGUGAUCAUCAUCAGCCAGAUUGUGAUUCGGACUGCUAGAUAA